AUGGAGGUGGCGUGGCGUUUCCGGAUCAUAUUUGUGAUGGCCUUCGUAGUGAUUAUAUUCGGUGAUCUGCUUGGAUACGGAGGGGCACGCAAAGAACCCAAAGAUAAAUCACUCCUAUCAGGCUUCACGGAGGUCGAGACAGAUUCGGCCAAGAUGAUCUCUACCGGCAAAGAACCAACCUCGAGUGCUCAGACCCGUACCAGUGCUUCCAACGACAUCGGUGGCAAUGUUGAUGGUGACUUCGAACAGGACCCAGAAACGGCCGGUCUCUCGUCGGCAGAGCUGGCGGCACGCAAGGAGAAGCUGAAAAACUCACUACGGGAAGCGUGUCUUCCGAAGCUGCUGUGCGAGAUGGCCGCCAAGCCAAACUACUCACUAAACGUCCGUGAACGGGAUCUGCUCUCACUGAUAAGGUCUACCACCUUAUCACUGACGAUGGCUGUGAGUCCAACGAAAUGGCACUUUGCGGCCCACAUGGGACAGCUGCUAAGGGACGCAGGUGACGCGCUUGUGACGCCGAUCGGAUGCUCACACCUUUGGCCAAGCUGUCCGUACAGCUCGAAAAAGCUGCUAAAGCUGACCAAUGUGGUGCACCUGAAGUAG